AUGGCUUCUGCUAACGAUUCUAAAUGGCAAAAGGAUGCGGCGGACCAGAACUUUGACUAUAUGUUCAAACUGCUGAUUAUCGGCAACAGUAGUGUGGGCAAGACCUCCUUCUUAUUUAGAUACGCCGAUGACUCUUUCACCUCGGCUUUCGUGAGCACCGUGGGCAUCGACUUCAAGGUGAAAACCGUGUUCAGACAAGACAAGCGGGUCAAGUUACAGAUAUGGGACACUGCUGGACAAGAGAGGUAUCGCACCAUCACUACCGCCUACUACAGGGGUGCCAUGGGCUUUUUGUUAAUGUACGACAUCACCAAUGAGGAGUCGUUCAAUGCAGUGCAAGACUGGUGUACACAGAUCAAGACCUAUUCAUGGGAUAAUGCUCAGGUGGUACUAGUAGGCAACAAAUGUGACCUAGAGGAUGAGCGUGUGGUGUCUACAGAGAGAGGCAAGCAACUUGCAGAACAACUAGGCCUAGAGUUCUUUGAGACAUCUGCUAAAGAGAACAUCAAUGUCAAAGCUGUAUUUGAGCGUCUGGUGGACAUCAUUUGUGACAAGAUGUCCGAGAGCCUGGACGCAGAUCCCACACUGGUGAACAGCACAGCUAAAUCAACACGACUCACAGAAAACCCGAACAUGAACAGCAGCAACUGUUCUUGUUGA